AUGAAUACUUCAUUAAUAAAUAACGAAAAUAAUGAAAAUAAUUCUUCCAUAAUUUCACUCUUAUCUGACACAAACUCUACAAAUUUUGACAAUAAAACCCUCUAUAAUAAUAUUUUUUGUAUUCAAAAUGCUUCCUCAACAAAUAUAUUUUUUAUUUUACAAUAUAUUAUGCCUAUCUUCACCGCUUUUGUAGGCGUUUCUGGAAAUUUAUUGACAAUUUUGACAAUUGUCAUUUCUGGUUUACACAAGAAUUAUGUCAACAAAUAUUUAAUUGUAUUACUUGCUUCCGAUUCUGUUCUUUUAUUAAAAAUUAUUCUUGAACGGAUUUUUAAAUUUGGAAUAAGAUCUUAUUGGAUAAACUUUUUUGGACAAUAUUUUUGGAAUGUGCCUAUUUAUGUUAGCAAUUUAACUAUAUUCCUUCUGACUAUUGAACGCUUCUUUGCUGUUGUAUUUCCUUUGAAACAUUUAAAAUACACACAAUUCCACAGAUGGAAAAUAAUUUUGGUAAUACUCACAUUUUCAUUUUUGGCAAAUUUCAACCUUUUACUGGUUAUUCGAGAAAGAAAUCCUGCUUACGUAAACAAAAAUAAUCCUUAUAAAUAUUAUUAUAACAACAAUUUACCUUUAGCUAAGCCAUUAGUUCUUGGCCCAAGAAUUUUUAUAAGCUUUAUUUUACCAUUAUUUGCCGUAUUCUUAGUCAAUUUUGCAAUUAUUUUUAAACUACGUGCUCGACAUAUUAUUCAAAGUUUGGAUUUUAAUUUCUAA